AUGCCACGAGUAGUGCUCGUCGUGCAAUGCUUCGUCUUCACGGUUUUCAAUGUGGAAUGCUUGGAGAAUGGACGGCGCCGGGAUGCCCUCGCAAGUAUUGGUGGGAAGGCAGAUGUCCACAUCGAGAGGACAGGGCAAGCGCAACCUUGGCAAAAAAGGAAAGCUCCUUCUCUUCUCAAAGGAAAGCGAAGACCGGACUGCGAUGGCACUCCGAACUUGAACCUCAUCCAUCUAUUGAGACGUAGCAGGCAGAAUGCUAGCGUAGAAGAGACACCCUUCAGCUACAUGCGAGUCGACCAUCACGAGCAUCAGGUGGGUUUGACUCUCUUUGAUAUGCAGCAUGAUCCAAGUGCCGUGCAGACAAUCCUGGAUGAGGACGCAAAUGCACUCUUGCAACCUUUCCUGCAAGAUGUUCAGACGUGGAGAGAAGCAUGUGCACGAGGAAAUUUAUCAGCCGAGAAAAUCCUUUUGGCUUUGCCGCCAGGUUCAAAGCACGCAAAGGGUUCCGUGUGGGAUGAUAUGGCCAGGGAAUUCGCUGCAUUUAUCACGCGGAAAGUCUUGCGAAAGCCACCCGAAGACAUUCAGAUUUGGCAGCCAUCCAGAGACCUUGACCCAGUUUCCGGUUUACUUGCCAAUGACAGCCAGGUACGUUGCUUUCAGACUGUUGCAGUGCUCACUGGUGAGCCAUGGGACUAUGCCUGGGCUCAGCCCUUUCGCUGCAACACGCAUGAGGGCCGUCUUGUACUGCGAUUUGUGGAGAAUUUCCGGCAGAAUCACCUUGUACAGAGUGGAAGAGCAACGCGGGCAACAGCACAGGUUUGCCUCUCAAGCAAUGCUCUUCAUGAGAACCAACUCAAGCUCCUGGAACUUUGCGAACUCGGCGGGCGACCGGUGCAGAUUCAGGUUGCAAGCAGAGCUGCAGACGUGGCUCUUUGUGAUGCCCUCUUUGUUCUACCUGAUACUAUGCCAAGUGGAGCGGAGCUUUGGCUUAAACCUUCCAGUUCUUUGGUUGAGAUUCUGCCGAAUUCCAGAGAGCCCACAAGGCCUUUCAUUGAAAAUGUGGCACUUCUCACCGGUGCCAAACGCUUUACUCUUGGUAGCUCUUCAACACAGGUGCUCAAGGAGAAGGACCUCAUUGAUGCUGCUGGGAAAGCCAUUUUGGCGUUGAAUCGCGCAACUGCGGAUGCUGUGGAUGGGGCAUUGGAUGCUAACGUUGCUGGGGUCGGGGAGUUGGAAGGCUGCGAGGAGUUCUAUCAUCCCAAAGACGGCUGGAUGGAUGGCUGGCGAGAAGUUGCGCGAAGCGCAAAGCUGGCGAAAGGGCGCAAGCCUGGACUCGCUGCGAAGGCCAAACAAAAGGUGGAAGCUCAGACGGGCGUUGAAGACCGUACCCCAGGCUGA